GUCUUCCCGAAAUCAACUAACUGCGAAGGCGAAAUGUUUACUAAUCUCAACGUAGUCGUCGUAAUACUGUUCGUGUCUUUGAUACAAAAUUUGGGCUUUGCAUCUACGGAUAUUGCUUCAUCCAUCCAUGGGUCGGACACAACCAGGAUUCGGGUCAAACGGAUUGUUAGGUCUUCACGAGGGCCAUGGAUCGAGGGUUUCAAAUCAAUUCACAACAUUUCUGAAUCUUCCUGUGCGGACGAAGUUGCGAUUUUGGUAGAAGCCAUCGAAUCUGGCCAAGAAUGGGCUUUGCAAAUGCUGGAUGCCUCGUCGAGUUUUCAGUCAGGACUUAUAAAAGGAAACUUUAGAGACAUCGGAAUGUACGACGAGUGCGUCGAAGUCGAUGAGCAAUACAAUAACGUCAGUAUGCGGGGUAAGCAUUGCGUGAUGUCUCUGGGUUCGAUGUAUCCUGCAUCACCUGCGGUUAAUGGUUUUAACUAUGACAUUUUCUCAUCACUGUGUGUUCCAUCAUCGUGCAAUGAGACUGAUGUGGAGCAGAUCAUGAAUGCCAUUAUCACGAACACACCAGCCAUCAGAGAUCUAGAAUUCGAAGCUAGUAAAGCGUCCUGUACACAAGUGAGAUCUGAUGACUUGAGUGCUGGAGAAAUUUACACCCUAAUUUUUUUCGUGGGCGUUGCCGUAUUUAUGAUCGCUUGUACCAUCUGCGACUUUGCGAAAAGACACAAGCCGACAGAAGCAUCUACUUUGAUAGAUACGUUGGCGAAAUUCUCCCUCUACACGAAUGCACUCGCUGUGUUAAGCACGAAAGUAAAACCUGAUACGCUGCAAUCAGUCCAAGGUAUCAGAGUUCUGUGUAUGUGCUGGGUCAUACUCGGUCAUGGUUGCAUUUUUUUAUUCAUCAGGCCAGUUGUGAAUGUAUUCGAAAUCAACAAAUGGAGCAAUUCAUGGCCAUCUUUGUUCGUGGAGGCAGCGCCAUUUGCUGUCGAGACCUUUUUUGUAGUGAGCGGAUUUUUCACGGCUUACAUGCUUCUUAAAACCUUGAAAUCGAACGGACGAAUCAAUUGGCCACUGCUCUUCCUCCGACGUUACCUCAGACUCACGUCAUCCUUUGCCGCCGUUAUGUUGUUCGUUUUGUUUCUUAUACAUCGCUUUGGAAGCGGCCCCCUAUGGAAAACUUUGUUUCCUACAGGCAUAGAAGCUUGCCAAGAAAAUUGGUGGGUCAAUUUAUUGUACCUCCAGAACUUGGUGAAUGUGGAAAAGAUUUGUUUACUGCACACCUGGUACUUGGCUGCUGACAUGCAACUCUUUUGGAUAUCUCCACUUGUCAUAUAUCCACUUCACCGCUGGCCAAAACAUGGAAUCCGAAUACUUGGCUUUUUCCUCCUCGCCUCGAUUGUUACACCACCCGUUAUCCUAGCCAUCAAUGGUUACUCUAACAGAAUAUUCACUGUACGCAUGGAUUUAGGAAAAUUAGCCCUGAAUGACUUCUUCAACUUCUACGUACCGACUUACAAUCGAGCCUGCGCCUACUUCCUCGGAAUAUUCUUAGGUUAUGACGUAGCGACUAAAAAGAGACAGCUUACGAAGAUGAACGUAUUGAUCAACUGGGUUGUAGCCUCUGUUCUUCUCGUUUUUUGUAUAUGUGCUACUCAUUUCAACUACAGCAAUGAUUUUGCGUACAAUCCUGUAUUGGAAGUUUUAUUCGCACUCACGUUACGUCCAUGUUGGUCGAUUGCCACUGCUUGGAUCAUUUAUGCAUGCACUCACGGAUAUGGAGGUCCCGUUAACAGCUUUUUGUCGAUGCCGAUCUUUCGGCCCCUCAGUCGGUUAUCAUAUUCCAUUUAUUUGGUGCAUGUUUUGGUCCAAUGUGUGAGGAGUGGGAUCGUACGAACUCCUAUAAUAUUUUCGAAUUCUUUGGUUAUUUUUGAGUAUUUGAUUGAUUUCGUGCUUACAAUCGUCGUGGCUUUUCUUUUCACUAUAUUCUUUGAAUCGCCAUUGGUUGUGUUGGAAAAAAUUUUGGUUAAAACCAAAUCAGUGUCUGACAAAGCCAUUCUGGGGCGAAGCGAGGACAACGGUCUGCAGGUUAACAAGCCAGGAAUCCGAAACAAAUCAACGAAGGAGGACUGAUGUUGCCAUUUUCUGUCAACAGUUAUAUUUUCAAAAAUAUCAUUUCGAUAAUUGCUACUAUCAUACAAUACUUCUACACACACAACUUUUACUAUAAUAUAAUUAUCAGUAUCGCAUUGUACUUGAAUACGCAUCCAUGUAAA